UUUGUUUAUGCUCUAUUUUUACGCUACAGAGCGUGUGUAGUGAAUGUGGUGGAGAUUUAGACAAGUGGUUGUAUUAAAUGUGAAAAAGCGAAUAACAUUGUAGUUCGAACGUUGUCUUAUUACGACCGAAAAAGAAAUUAUUAAGUCUUAUUAGUUUUCAAGUAGCAUAAUGUCGGCUGUACCUGGAGGAAUGGAAUCUGAUUCCUCAGAUUCAGAGAGUGAAAUUAUAUAUUCUAGUCAUGUAGAUUCUAAGCCAAAAAACAGAAUUUCAUCUGCUCAACCAGAGAAAAAAUUUACACCAAAUGGUUAUUAUAAGAACCACAAUAGUAAUAACUUUGGUAAAUAUGAAAACAGGUACAACAACAAUAACUACAGAGGAUCCUCUAAAUUUCGUCCACAUUAUAGAAACAGAUAUCAACAAACUCGACGACAGUGCCUUGAUUAUGAAACCUCUCAAAUAUUAGAUGAUUUACGCUAUGCUGUAAUGCAAGGAAACUUGGAUACUAUAAAAAAUAUCUUAUCUAAAGGAAUUUGUGUCGAUACUAUUCUCAAGGCUGGAUGGACUAGUCUUAUGUAUGCCUGUAGUUCUGGUCAAGCAGAAGUUGUUGCUUACCUUCUAGAAAAUAAGGCUGAUCCUAAUUAUCAUAAAGAUAUGUUUACUCCUUUAAUGGCUGUAUGUGCAGCAAAGAAACCUGAAGAAGAUUUAGUGAAGUGUUGUUCUAUACUUUUGCAGCAUGGAGCCAAAGUUAAUGCACAUGAACGACAUUUAACAACACCAUUAAUGUUUGCUGUAAGAGAAGGGCAUUCAUUUCUUGUCAAAGAGCUUCUUAAUCAAAAUGCAGAUCCAAAUUUGCGAGAUAGUCGUGGAAAUACUGCUUUAGCUUGGGCAGCAUCUAGUGGAUAUGGCCAAAUAGCAAGACUUUUAGUUGAGAAAGGUGCUGAUGUAAAUAUAUGUAAUAAUAUGGGACAAUCACCUGUUGAUCUAGCUUAUGAAAACGGUCACAAUGAGAUAGUGUCAUUACUUCAGAACGGACAUUUUAUAAAAGAAGAUUCAUCCACAGAAAGCUGUAAAGAUUUAAUAGUAAAAAAGGGACUUUCUGCACUUGAUAUAUCAAAAGAAGCAGAUUCAAAGAAAUUUGCAACAGUUGGAAGGUUAGAAUUAUUUUUAAAUGGUGUAGGCUGUGGAGAACUUAUUCCUAUAUUUUUAGAGCAUCAAUUAAGUUUUGAUGACCUUCUUAUUAUGGAUGAUACUGAACUUGAAAAGAUUGGUAUCACUCAAGUUGGAGUACGAAAUAAAUUAUUAGAAGCUUGUAAAUCUGUUCAUAAAGCAGAAUGGAAACAAUCUAGUUUGCCUAAUUUAAAAGAAAAACAAUACAUUAGUUGUCCAGAUGCUGUAGGAAUGAUGGCAAAUAUAGCAAAACAUCUUAAAUAUAUUUCUACAUCUGUUAAAUAUAUACGUUUACAAAUUCAAGCCCAACCCAGAAUUCUUGAGCUUUCACAAGAUGCUGGAAAUGUUUAUGAUUUGAUACAAGAAACUGAUGUUAGUUUAGUCAAUGCUCAGCAACAAUUAAUAGAAGAACUGCGGUUUUUAAAGAUGCAUUUAGAAAAGGUUCAAGAUCAAGGACAUUAUAUUCCAGCUGAUGUAAUAGUAGAAACCAUACCAACAUGUAGCAGGAAGAAACAAAUGAUAUUAAUUUCUGUUGGAGUGACUGCUAUUUCUGUUGCAAUGGCAGGCAUUUUGUGGAAGAAUCCUAAUGCUCUUGAUUUUAUUCCUUCCCUUCAGCAGAUAAAACUUCCUUUCUUAACGUAGUUUUAAUUGAUAUUUUAAUUUCAAAUCAUUUUUGUUAAUUUCCAUUAAUCAUCUAGGAUUUUUAUUUUCAUUCAAAGACAUAUUUUUUGAAUAAAU